AUGGUGACGACAGCCCAAGAGCCUGAUAAUACUGAGCAUUCAGUCACGUCAUUAUGUCAUUGCUGUUCUCUGGCAAAACUCAGGAAGAUGAUAUGGGGUGCCAUCAUAACAUCUUGUCUUGCAGGUUUAUGGGUGGGUUCAAGUCACAUGGCAAGACUCACUUUGCAAGGAAUGAAUGCUGCAUUUUUCAUGACUUGGUUUACAGCCACUUGGAACAUUCUCUUUUUUCCUGUUUACUAUGUUGGAUCUUUACCACUUGCUCACAAGAAGGAGACUCCACUGAAACAAUUCAGGAAAUGGAUUCAGUUCUUAAGUGCGGAUGACUUUACUUUAAGGGCAUGUUUGAAGAAAAUGACCCUUUUCGCUAUCCUGUGGACAUUAACAAAUUAUUUGUACUUUUUGGCUUUGAAGAAGAUUAGCAUAACUGAAGCAUCUGCUCUCUUCUGCUGCAGCAAAGCCUUUGUCUUCCUCUUGUCCUGGAUCAUUCUCAAGGACAAAUUCAUGGGAGUGCGGAUUGUCGCCGUCAUUUUUUCCAUAAGUGGGAUAGUAAUGAUGUCAUACGCAGAUGGGUUCCAAAGUGAUUCCAUCACCGGAGUCGCACUGCUUGUAGGAUCAUCAUUAGCCUCAGCUCUUUACAAGGUGUUAUUCAAAUUAUUAAUGAGAGAAAUAAAAUCUGGUGAAACAUCAGUCUUCCUGUCAGCUCUAGGGGUUUUCAAUGCCCUCUUUCUGCUGUGGAUUCCCGUUAUUCUGUAUGUUACCAAAGUAGAAUAUUGGUCUUCUGCAUAUGACAUUCCAUGGGAGCAUCUCUGUGGAUUGGCUGGUUUCCUGCUCACUUUCAAUAUUGUGAUGAAUUUUGGAGCUAAUCUCACCUAUCCCAUUGUGAAUUCCUUUGGUAUAUUCCUCAGUGUACCUACCAGUGCAGAAAAUGAAUUAGGUGAAAAAAUACGUAGUGCACAAGAAACACUGUAUAAAAAUUCACAAGAUAGCCUGAUAGAUGUUUGUAUCUCUGAAUUAAUUGAACAGAUUAGCUGUUAUGAGCGCAAGCUACUACAAAUGAAACAGAAGAAACUCAAAAGAGGUGUAGCUGAUUUCCAAAAGGGCAAUGUCUUUGUAUGGCUGAAAGAGCAGAGAGUGAAUGCUCUCCAGAUGGAAAGAGGUGUUAAUACUGUUAGGAACAGAGAUCAACAACUUCGACCUACUACAUCUGGCUCUAAUGAGGCCGUUCUAGGGAUUUACACUAACAAGAUGGAUAACUUCAGUAACGUUAGGACAGCAGCCACAGUAAUCAUCUGCACAGGUUUCCUGCUGCUUCUUUUGCCAGAGGACUGGGACGAAGCUGUUCAACUUUUCUGCACCAGGUUACAAAAGAAGAAAAUAACAGAGGAAGGAGCCGAAACCAACAUGGAGGUUGGAAUACAUUCAUGGACAAAGAAUAAAAUGACUGCCAUUGUGACAUCUGCUUCAACUUAA